AUGGUUAUGGUCUGUUCUUUAUCAGGCACUACAACACCCGCAACUUACAAAUCAAUUGCUUCCCUUCAACGAGAAACGACUUUAAUCGAAGAUUACCUCCUUCAAGUUGAUUUAGCCUUAAAUAAUAUUCGAAGCAAAGUUGCAGGCAUCUUUCUUGUUGAAACUGUAGUUGAGCUUUUAUUACAAAUAUUACGAAUGUUGUUACUAUUGGACGCCAACUUCCGUGGCAUUUCCUCUCAAUUAUCAGGAAAUUAUAAACACUUCUGCGCUGGUACAAUUAUCAACGCCAAUUACGUCUUAACAACAGGACAUUGCGUUUCUGGCCGUACUGCUUCUACGAUUCGUGUAAAAGUUGGUGUAAGUGAUUGGGGCGAUAGUACUACUCUGCUCACUGUUGCUGAAAUCAGACCGCAUUUAAACUAUUCUGAUAGUAACUAUUAUGCGGAUUUAGCGUUGUUGAAAAUGUCGGAUUCUUUGGUUUUUAAUGGCGAUGUUCAAGCUGCAAUUAUGCCACAGAGUUUGAAUCCAACAGAUUUCAAUGCGUUUCAAUCACUAUCUACUCAAGGAGAUAUUUUCUCAUUUGACACGACCCCAACUAUUCCAGCAGGUGGUAAAUUGUUGACGACUCAUUUACAAUUUACUGCUUACUCAACAUGCGCUAUUAGUGGCGUAAGUGAUCCUGAUUAUCAUAUGUGCGCAAAAAGUUCAACUGCAGGAAUCUGUAUCGCCGACGAAGGUGCUCCGGUACUAGUGGAUUUCAACGGUCAGGAAAUAAUCUACGCCAUUACUUUAAAAGCAUCUUUUAAUGAUAACUCAGAUGAUGAAACAUGCGAUGCGAUAAAUCAACCUGUUAUGUUCUUGAAAAUGAGCAGUUUACAUGUGACUUAUUAUCUUGUUUGGCAAACGUAA